UUUUUUUCAGCAAAAACAAUCGCACCAGAUUUUGUGCGUCGUCUCAUAAGCGAAGAGGUUGUUGAAAGUGAUCGACUCAAAUGGACCGUACAAGUAACUGGCGAUCCAGCACCGAAAGUAACAUGGCUCAGGGACGGACAGGUGAUACCGAACUGUGAGGAAGUACGCCUUACUGAGGAAGGGAACGGUGUAUAUUCGAUGAUUAUACUGAAAGUUGAGAUGGCCGAUUGCGGUCAGUUCACAUGCCUUGCCGAAAACAUAGCUGGGGAAGCUCGUAGCACAGCCGAUUUGGUCGUGCGACCAAAGGGCACGGAACCGGGAAGUUAUUUCCAUAUCACAAAG